AAGUUCAUAUCGAUUGUGUUCAUCGCGCGUCUGCAACUAGCUGGUCACAACUCAGUAGUUCGACUAAUUAAAUUUAAUCCAAAGUCAACAAGAUAAAUUAGUGCAACACAUUCCAGUGCGCAACACAUCUGAGAGGAAGCCUGCAAAACAAAGUAAACCAGCUAAAUGUAAAUGGUUAGGCACUUUAAAACCAAUACAAACACAGCCACACAACGUUUGCAUGUGUGUGUGUGUCUGUGCGUGUGUGUAUAUGGCAUACAUAUGUGAAGUUUAUAAAGAAGCGUAGUUUUGUGGAGGCGCAUUUUACGUGCAGAGCAUACAAAAAGUUCGUAGGCGUUGGAGCUUCGUCAGCAACGGGAGCACAUUAGCAGCGGCAGCGGCAGCAGCAUAAAAUCGAUUCCAACUGCAUGCGUUUUGUGUGUGUGCGUAUGCGUGCGUGUGUGUGUGUGUGCGUGCGUGUUUGUUGCGAACGUAAGAAGCAGAGCCUCACGCGCUUUUCUCCCAUGUUGUAGCUAAAUUAAAAAAAAAUAUUUAAGAAAAAAAUUCCACAUAAAAUCGCAGCAAAAAUCUCGCGUACAAUCUGUGAACGUGACCAGUUGCUACAGCUGAGAGUGAAAUAUACAAUUGAAAGUUUUUACCUUGUGGCAUGUUUUGUGAGCCGCAAGCCAAGUUAAACCAGUGAUUGCUGCGACAGCGACAAGAGAAAGAACACAACAGCAACAGCGACUGCGACGUGGCAGCGCUAGAGACAGACGCCGAAACCUUAACUCUAAUCAAUUGAGAAAAAGGAAAUUAGUUUGAGCAUUAUUGCUGCCGGCCGCUAAAGCGGACUGGGCGCGUCUAUAUCCAAAUGCAUAGACAACAAAAUCACCAAACAGAACAACAUAUGUUGGAUACACGAGCAGAGCAAGUGCUGCAGUCCAGUUACCAGUUACGACCACGACCGUUUGUUGCCUAUUAUAUACGCUCGUAGAGAGCGUUAUCCAACUCUCCCCAACCGGCGGCGGAUUCCAGGCCCCCCCUCAACAUCAGCAUCAACAAUAACAACAACAAGUCGUAAUAAUUUAGACUAGAGCAACAGUGCAAAGCCCAGCCACAAGAGACAGCAGGAGGAGAUCGGACAACAACACAAUACAGUACUUCAAUUCCUUUUAAGCAAGCAUGAUGAAACGAACGCGCAUCGAUGAAGUCCAAUUUGGCACACGCACCGGCCCAGGACCGGGCGGUGGCGGCGGCGCCGGUGUAGGUGCCAACAGUGCCACAACUAGCGUUGGCGUCAAUACAGCCGGAGGCGUUACCAUCGGCACUGUGGUACCAAAUGCACACAGUGCCACAAUCAGCGGCAUCGGUUCGAUACACCAUCGCAUAUUGACGCCGCAGCAUGGCGGCGCCCAGACCAUUGCCUAUUUGCCGUCCACAACGCCGACGGCAACGAAUCUUAAAACAACGAGCAGCAUUGUCGAUAGCGCCAGCACCGGCGCCCAAACAAACGUCACUGGCGUCGGUGGCCCCGGCGCCGGCGGCGUUGUCGUCUCAACGGGCAGCGCGGCCACCCAAACCUUGCAGUAUACCACAUCUUAUAGCGUUGCCUCGAUUCAAGCGGGCGGCACUCUGAAGGCCAGCACAACGGAUGGCAACGCGGUGCAAAUACAUGUUACAGGCGGUACUCCAGUUGCCGCAUCAGCGGCCGGUGGCGGCGGCGGCGGCUCCCAAACGGUGUCCAGCAGCUGUCAGACGGGCAACAUACGUCAGCGCACGAUAAGCGGCACCCAAACGAACGCGACCAGCAGCAGUCUGACAACAACAGCACAGCAGACGCAGCCGGCGGCACAGCUGACAACACCGCCCAACGGUCCGGGCGCAGCUGGAGCUGCAGCCGGAGCAGGCGCUGGCAACAGCACGCCACCGCAGGGCGGACAGUCGGCGGUUGGUGGCGGCGGCAGUGCGGCGCCUCGUCUUAAGGUCGAGGAUGCACUCAGCUAUCUGGAUCAGGUUAAAUACCAGUAUUCCGAUCAGCCGCAGAUCUACAACAAUUUCCUGGACAUCAUGAAGGAGUUCAAGUCACAUUGCAUUGACACGCCCGGCGUUAUUGAGCGCGUCUCCACGCUAUUUAAGGGCCACACGGAGCUCAUCUAUGGCUUCAAUAUGUUUCUGCCGCCCGGCUAUAAGAUUGAAAUCCAUUCCGAUGCGCUCGGCUGCUCUGUGCCGGUUGUCUCGAUGCCAUCGCCACCCGGUGCGCCCAGCAGCACGGGCACGGUGCACAUGAUUGCCGCCGCCGGCAACAGCCCAUUGGCGAGCAGCGUGAAUGCGCAUACAACGCUCAAGCCGCUGGCACAAUCCCAGGGUCCAGGUGGCCCCGGUGGUGCGGCUGCCGCUGCUGCAGCGGCUGUGGCCCAGAUACAAACGGCUGGCGCCGUCAAUUUGAUGACACACGGUGGCGCCUCGCUCACCCAGACAACCAUACACGCAUUGCAGCCAACAACUGUUGCUGCGGCUCAAUCGCCGGGCGGUCAUGUGCACGUCACAAGCAGCUCAGCCCCGGCACCAGGCAGCGUUGGCGUUGGCGUCGGUGUCGGUGUCGGAGUCGGUGUGGGUGUAUCGCCUUAUGUGCCACAGAACUAUUCAAGGGAUCGGGCUGAGCAGCGUGCAACCAUAACGCCAACGGGUCCGGGUCAGGUGGCUGCAUCGGUGUCAUCCACGGCUGGUUCUAACAUUUCCGUUGGCCCACCGACGCCAAAUUCAUUAAGUGAGCUAAGUCCACACGCAGGGCCCGCUGCACAGCACAAUCUACAUCACAUCCAGCAGGCGCAUCAGUCCAUAUUGCUCGGCGAGACGACGGGCCAACAGAAUCAGCCGGUGGAAUUCAAUCACGCCAUAACCUAUGUGAAUAAAAUCAAGAAUCGAUUCCAAAGCCAGCCGGCCAAGUACAAGAAAUUCCUGGAAAUACUGCACGCCUAUCAAAAGGAGCAGAAGGUCAUGAAGGAGGGCAGCACCGGCAGCGGCCUGAAUCAGGGCAAGAUGCUGACCGAACAGGAGGUCUACACGCAGGUGGCCAAGCUCUUUGGCCAGGACGAGGAUCUGUUGCGUGAAUUUGGACAAUUUUUGCCGGAUGCCACCAAUCAUCAAUCCUCUGCUGCCGCUGCCGCCGCUGCACAAUACAUGUCCAAGUCGUCGUCGCUGCACAACGAUCAUCACAACAAGCAACAGCAGCAGCGCACCACAACGACGGCCACGUUAAGCGGCGGUGCACACAUUAGCAUGUCCACGGCCUCGCCAUCGACGGUGCCCAACAGUGGCUCCCCCUUGCACCUGAGCAGCGGGGCGACGCUCUCGCAGAUCGAUAGCAGCAGCGCGCAUGCGCAUGCCGCUGCCAUUGGCAAUCUGUCGGCCGUCAAUACCAGCGUCAGCAUCAAGUCCUGCGCCGUGCAGCAGAAUCACAUUAUCAGUGGCAGCAUCUUUGAGAAGGAGUACCAUGGACUGGGACAACAACAACAACAGCAGCAGCAGCAACAACAACUGCAGCAGCAGCAGCAACAGCAGCGGCAUCAGGGUCUGCCGCCGCCGCAUCUACUCUCGAGCGGCACGCCGCCCAGUGGUCUGCGCGGCAGUGUGGUCGGCGUGGGCGCUGUGCUGGAUCAGCGCAAUAAUCAUCAUGCGCAAAAGUAUGUGGCCCAGCAUCCGAACAUGUCGCAGAAGAAGUCGCCCAGCUAUGGCGGCAUCUCCAGUCUGCAGCAUCUGCCACAUCUGAACGACAAUUCGCUGGAUCGCAAUUCGCCAAAUAUUGCCAGCUAUGUGACGCCGCCGCAGCAGCUGCCCGCCCAUCCGCAUCCGCAUCACAAUGCGCACAAUUCGAGCAGCAGCGGCGGCAGGCGGCAGGCAGUGGAUGAGCUGGGAGCCGCAUCGGUAUCCAGUGGUAUGGGCAGCGCCAGUGUCGGCAGCGGACCGCCGCCGGCGAAACGACCAAAGCCCUAUUGUCGGGACGUCAGCUUCUCGGAGGCGUCGCGCAAGUGCACCAUCUCGGAUGCGGCCUUCUUUGACAAGGUGCGCAAAGCGCUGCGCAGUCCCGAGGUCUACGACAAUUUCUUGCGCUGCCUGACGCUCUUCAAUCAGGAGAUUGUGUCCAAAACGGAGCUGCUGGGACUUGUGUCGCCGUUCCUGAUGAAGUUUCCGGAUCUGUUGCGCUGGUUCACCGAUUUUCUCGGUCCGCCCAUGUCCGGCCAGGUGGGCGGCUCAGCCGGUGGUGCUGGCGGGCUCAUCGAUGGCCUGCCGCUAGCUGCAACCCAACGGCAGGGUAGCAACAGCAGCUCGCAUGAGCGGGCGAGCAGUCACCAGAGCACAGACUAUGUUCAAGAUGUGGACUUGUCGCUGUGCAAGCGUUUGGGCGCCUCCUACUGCGCCCUGCCGCAGUCCACGGUGCCGAAGAAGUGCAGCGGACGGACGGCUUUGUGCCGCGAGGUGCUCAACGAUAAGUGGGUCUCGUUUCCGACCUGGGCCAGUGAGGAUUCAACGUUUGUUACCUCGCGCAAAACCCAGUUCGAGGAGACCAUCUACAGGAAUAUUCACAGAACGGAGGACGAGCGUUUCGAGCUGGAUCUGGUGAUCGAGGUGAACAGCGCCACGAUACGUGUCCUGGAGAAUGUACAAAAGAAAAUGUCGCGCAUGUCGCCCGAAGAGCUGGCCAAAUAUCAUUUGGAUGAUCAUCUGGGCGGCACGUCCCAAACGAUCCACCAGCGGGCGAUACAUCGCAUUUACGGCGACAAGUCCGGCGAGAUAAUCCAAGGCAUGAAAAAGAAUCCCUCCGUGGCGGUGCCCAUAGUCCUCAAGCGGCUCAAGGUCAAGGAGGAGGAGUGGCGGGAUGCACAAAAGAACUUCAAUAAACAAUGGCGCGAACAGAACGAGAAAUAUUAUCUCAAGUCGCUGGACCAUCAGGCAAUCAAUUUCAAGCCCAACGACAUGAAGGCCCUGCGCUCCAAGAGUCUCUUCAAUGAGAUCGAGACGCUCUACGAUGAGCGUCACGAUCAGGACGAUGAUGCCAUGGAGGCGACCGGGCCGCAUCUGGUGCUGCCUUACAAGGAUAAAACCAUACUGGACGAUGCGGCCAAUCUGCUGAUACAUCAUGUCAAGCGCCAGACGGGCAUCCAGAAGCAGGAGAAGCAGAAAAUCAAACAGAUCAUUCGACAAUUUGUGCCUGACCUAUUCUUUGCGCCCCGACAGCCGCUCAGCGACGAUGAACGCGAUGACGCCUUUCCAUUUUUGGUAGAUGACACUAAAAUGGAAGUCGACUCGCCAACGAGUCGUGCCCCCAAAGGGGUCGGCAGCGGCGGUGGCGGCACGCUCAGCGAGAGCGCCUCGCCGGCGCGCAGCAAUGCGAGCAGCAGCAGCAGCGGCGGCGUCGGCGUUGGCGUUGCCAGCGCCAGUGGAGCACCUGUAACGACGGCCAUUAAAAAGGAGCCCGAGGAUACAAUCAACAAAAUGCUGCCAGCGACAACGGCAACAGCAACAGCUGCAGCUGCUGCUGCUGCUGCAACAGCCGACGAUGCAACGCCGUCCACCUCAUCAGCCGCCGCAGCUGCGGCAGCGGCAGCAACAACAACAGUUGAUGCCAAAGAUAAGCCAGAUCCAGAUGCGACGCAUCGAACAACAGGAGGCGGCGGCGGCGUCGGCGCCGAGGAAGCAUCAAAAACAGCCGCAACGGCAGCGAGUCCCAGGCGGAGCGAAGAGGCUGCAGCAACGACGACGUCAGCAGCAGGAGCAGCCGGCGGCAACGAUGUGAAUGUCAAGCAGGAGCAGAGCGAAGACUGUGCGAAUCCCUCUAUGUUGCCAGCGCAUGCGCAGGGUCAGCGUGAGGAUGAAUCCUAUUCGCUGUUCUUUGCCAACAACAAUUGGUACCUGUUCCUGCGCCUGCACGCCAUCCUCUGCGAUCGUCUGCACGUCAUGUACGAGCGGGCGCGUCUUCUGGCCAUCGAGGAGGAGCGGUGUCGCGUGAAUCGGCGCGAGAGCACAGCGACGGCAUUGCGCCUGAAGCCCAAACCAGAUGUGCAGGUGGAGGACUAUUAUCCCACGUUUCUCGAUAUGCUGAAGAAUGUGCUCGACGGCAACAUGGACUCGAAUACCUUUGAGGACACCAUGCGCGAAAUGUUUGGCAUCUAUGCCUACAUAUCCUUCACGCUAGAUAAGGUUGUUUCCAAUGCCGUGCGACAGCUGCAGAACUGCGUCACAGAACGUGCCGCCCUCGACUGCGUGGAGCUAUACGCCAGCGAGCAGAGACGCAACAGCACCGGCGGCUACUGUCGCGACGCCCACAAGAGCUACGAGCGCGAGCUGGGCUACCAGCGCAAGGCGGAGAGCAUCCUGAACGAGGAGAACUGCUUCAAAGUGUACAUUUACAAGAUCGAUUGUCGCGUGACCAUUGAAUUGCUUGACUCGGAGCCGGAGGAGGUCGAGAAGCCGGCCGCAUUAAAAGCGCAAAAGUUUAGCAAAUAUGUGGAACGCUUGGCCAAUCCAGCAAUGGGCGCCGGCGGCGGCAGCAGCAGCAGUAGCAGCAACAACAACAACAGCAGCAGCAACAACAACAACAGCAACAACAAUAACAACAACAACAACAGCAAUCAGACAGCGUCAGGCAAUGACAAUCUAGUGGAAUCGUCCGAUAUCAAAACGGAGGAGGAAGAGGAGAACGCUGAGCUGGUGCGCGGCGCUCGCAAAGCGCGUUUUCUGCUGCGCAACAAGCGACGCUCGCAGCUGCACGAGGAGCAGGUGCGUCAGCUGUUCGAACAGAAGCGCAGCUGCAGCGGCAUCGAAGGGCACGCUGCUGCGGCCGAGACGACGCCAAAUGCCGGCAACAACAAUAUAAAUAACAACAAUAACAAUAACAACAACAACAAUAGUUGGAGCAAACGUGCACCUGAACGCUUGGGCGCCUCACAGGUGGGCCUGGCGGAGCAGUAUGCGUUCAAUGACCGCGACGAGAUAAGCACAAAUGCCAGCAACGGGCGCUGCUUUGUGACCAGCAAGAAUCUCAAUCUACUCAAAUACGAUGCAGUGCGUCGUGCCAAGAAGAGUCAUUGCCGCGUUACACAGGCCAAGUACACGCGCUUCCAGAGCUACGUCAACAGAUGGCUGCAGCAACACGUCAGCGAGCAGCUGCAGCAGCACUGCAGCGACUGGCUGCUGGGCAAGACGCCCGAGCAGAUCAAUGCCAGCGGCUGGGGCGCCACCAGCAGAACGAAGUCGCUGCAGCAGAAGGACACGUCCAAGACGCCGUAUCGCGUCUACACGCGCUACAAGGUGCUGCAGUCGGGCGCCGCAGCAACUGUUGCAGGUGCAACAGCAACAGCAGGUGCAGCGCCAGCAGCAGCAGCAGCAGCUGCCACUACAACAGCAAAUGCCAAUGCAGCAACAGUUGCCGCUGCCGUUGCAGCAGCCGCUGCAGCAAGCACGCACAUAAUUGUCAACAGCAGCAACAGCAACAUCAACAGCAGCAGCAGCAGCAGCAACAACAGCAACAACAGCAACAACAUGAUAAAUGCCGACACGACAGCAACAACAACAACAGCAGCAACAGCUGCGACUGCAACUGCAACAGCUGCUGCUGCUGCUGCAACGCCGCAGCAACAUUGCAACAGCGCCGCAGCAGCAGCUGCUGCUGCCACGGCGGGCAGCGCGGAGGCUGCGCUGCAGCAGGUGCGACCCAUGGAAAGCUAACCGGCAGCCGUUGCAAUAGCCAGCUGGUCGAGCGCUGCGUUCCUGUGAAGCAGCUGCCACGCCACAUGAGCUUCACUGUAUACAAAACAAAAACAAAAAAUGAAUUCAAAUUUGUGAUAGCAGUUCCUGGACACAGUUGCAGACCUGGCCUGGCUAUUGGAUUAAAUUGCGUUUCGAUAAAUGGCAACAACAACAACAGCAACAACAGCAACAACAAGCUCUUUUUCACUUUGUACAAAAGUCAUUUAAAUUGUAGGCGUAGUAUUGCUCCUAAUAAUAAUAAUAAUAACAAUAAUUAUAAAUAUUGUAAGCAUACUACAACAUCUUGAGUAGCGUUUAGUGUUUAGUUUAAUGAUAAUGGCAGCGUUUCUAGUUGUUAAGCGAUUUACACUCUCACACACACACACACACACACACACACUGACACUGACACACACACAUAUACCCUACAAGUUGUUGCAGUCGCUCCUCUAAAAAAAAAAAAAAACCAAAAUAUAAACAAUUUCUGGAAACUGAAAACUUUUGUCGGACAGUGUAGUUCGUUCGUGCUAAUUAAGUUGAUAUCAACGUCUGUUUAGCUUUUAAGGAAUUUUAUGAACACACAGAACUUUUAAUUUUACAUCAAAUUUCACGUAUUUUUAUACAUAAACAAAAAAAAAAAAAACAUAAACCUUGUACAAUUCCUUGUGAAUACUAUUGAUUACACGCCUAUUUUAUAAGCUUAAUUUAAGUUGUAAAAAUCAUAUGAGCUAAUUAAAAAACAAAAA